CGUGACGUCAUGAAAUUUUAUAAUCGUCGAGCACUUGAGCGAAAUUUUGCGUAAAUUAAUUUUAUGUUAAUCUUUCCAAUUAUCACUUUUCGCAUGAAUUUCGCAUGAUGAGCUUUUCGCAUUCAUCAACAUUGGACAUAUUCAAAGUGUAUAAUUGUUAGCCUGGAGCGAAGGCCGAUUCUUGCGAGAGGAUUACUGUUAACGAUUGCUUAUUCAUUAUUCACGAAAUUUGCAUGUCGCACAGCGUGAUAAUCAAAUUACGUAUAGUAUGACGCUUCUCUGGAAAUUGAUGAUUAAUCCUGGUAUGCUGCGAAAAUCAGGAUGCUGCGGUAUCAAUGUAUCGAGGAAAUACUUGUUCGGUUCUUGCUUAACGAGACACCAAAAUAUCAGGAUAUCGAGGAAAGGACGUGUAUUUAUCGAAUUGAGACGUUAUACGUCUAACGCCAUCGGAUCUGACACUUCAAUAUCCAUCGUACGCUCAGUGAAGACGAAAAAAAGCUCGGAAUUGAAGAACCUAAUCUUGCUGGCCGCACCUGAAAAAUGGACCCUGAUGAAGGCCAUCGCAUUUCUACUCGUGUCUUCCAGUGUAACCAUGGCUGUCCCGUUUUGUUUUGGCAAAGUGAUAGAUGUCAUCAACACCAUGGAAAAAACAAACAUGAAAGAACAGCUGAAUCAGCUGACGUUUGCUCUCUUUGUAGUAUUUCUCAUAGGUGGGCUGAGCAAUUUUAGCAGAGUCUACUUGAUGUCUAAAGCAGGACAUAGAAUUACGCAGUCUCUGAGGAAAAAGGCGUAUGCUGCAAUUUUACAACAGGAAACUGCAAUGUUUGACAAGGAAAGUACAGGGGAACUAGUCGGCAGGUUAAGUGGAGAUACGCAACUUAUUAGCUCUGCUGUUACAUCUAAUGUAUCAGAUGGCUUGCGCUCUGCUAUUAUGACUAUCGCAGGAGUUUCUAUGAUGUUUUAUGUGUCACCGUCACUUGCUCUACUUGGCCUAGCUAUAGUACCGCCUGUUGUAAUUGUCGCUGCCAUUUUUGGACGUGUCUUGAGAAGAAUAGCCAAGGAUCUGCAGAGCAGUUUUGCGGUGCUCAACGCGACUGCGGAGGAAAGAAUUAGUAAUAUAAGAACUGUUAAAGCAUUUGCACAAGAGAACCGCGAAAUUGACAGAUAUGGCACUAAGCUGCAAGAGGUUUUAAAAAUGUGUUACAAGGAGAGCUUAUAUAGAGGAAUGUUUUUCGGCAUGACUGGUCUUUCUGGGAAUGCUAUUGUUCUUUCUGUCCUUUACAAUGGAGUAUUUAUGGUCUCAAAUUCCGAAAUAACAAUUGGAAGCUUAAGCGCCUUUUUGCUAUAUGCAGGAUACGUUGGAAUAUCUUUAAAUGGAUUAUCAUCAGCUUACAGUGAGUUAAACAAGGCUCUAGGAGCGAAUGCUCGUCUGUUCGAAUUGAUCAAUCGACAGCCGCUUAUUCCUAUCCAGGGUGGACAAAUAUUAGAGAAGGAAUUGUCGGGCAAUGUGACGUUUCAAAACGUUUUCUUUGCUUAUCCAACACGAGAAACGAUACACGUAUUGAAAGGCUUUAAUUUAAAUAUAGACAAAAGUUCUAUGACAGCUAUCGUCGGUGCCUCAGGUUCUGGAAAAUCUACCGUAGCAUCACUCUUAUUAAGACUGUACGAUCCUACAAAGGGAUCGAUACUCUUAGAUAAUUACGAUCUCUGUCUACUCGAUCCUAUAUGGGUAAAAUCACAAAUUAGCAUUGUAUCCCAAGAACCAAUUCUUUUUAGCGGCUCGAUAAGGGACAAUAUAUUAUAUGGGACGGAAUCUGCGACGGAUUCCGACGUAGAGGAAGCCGCCAAACAAGCACAUGUGUUACAAUUCACGGAAAAAAUGACAGAUGGAUUAAAUACAAUAGUCGGAGAAAGGGGUAUUACUCUUAGUGGUGGACAACGUCAGAGAGUCGCCAUUGCCAGAGCAUUAAUAAAGAAACCAAGAAUUUUAAUAUUGGACGAAGCGACUAGUGCCUUAGAUGCGGAAAGCGAAUAUUUCGUUCAGGAGGCAUUAGAACGUGCUAUCCGUGGCAGAACGGUAAUAACGAUUGCUCACAGGCUUAGUACAAUAAAAAACGCCGAUAAAAUCGUGGUACUCGACGGAGGACAAGUUGCGGAAACCGGCACUUAUGUCGAAUUAAUGAACCUGGAGCAUGGUUAUUUCAAAAAGCUGGUAAAACAUCAAACAUUUGCAUAGAUAGAUGUACAGAAAUCACUAAUUAUUCCUUGAUUUAUUAUAAUGUUCUUUUUAUGUACGGUGUCUGUCAGUGUAUUAUAUGUACAUAUAUAUAUACAUAUGUAUAUUUAUCUAAUUCAAAUGUCUAAAAUUAAAGUUUUAUAAUAUUAGCAUAUUUUUUGGCGAUAGUAUAUCAUUAAGAUGGAAUAAAAAUAGGGGAGUGCAAUAUUA